UUGUAGGUGGAGGGGCAAGCAGAGGAGGUUAUUUUUGACCACUUGCAUGCUACUGCAUUUCAAUACACCCCUUUGGGUAGGACCAUCCUGGGACCUGCGCAGAAUAUUAAAACAAUCACAAAAGCUCAUCUUCAGAAUUACAUUUCAACUCAUUACACUGCUCCAAGAAUGGUUAUUUCUGCUUCUGGAGCUGUCAAGCAUGAGGAUAUUGUCGAUCAAGUGAAGAAGCUUUUUACAAAGCUAUCUUCUGAUCCAACCACUGCUUCUCAGUUGGUUGCAAAAGAGCCAGCAAUAUUUACUGGUUCUGAGGUUCGUAUAAUUGAUGACGAUGUUCCUCUUGCACAAUUUGCUGUUGCAUUUAACGGUGCAUCUUGGACGGAUCCAGAUUCAAUUGCUUUGAUGGUCAUGCAAUCUAUGCUGGGUUCAUGGAAUAAAAGUGCAGGCGGGGGAAAGCAUAUGGGUUCAGAGCUUGCCCAGAGGGUUGGCAUAAAUGAAAUAGCGGAGAGCAUGAUGGCUUUCAACACCAACUAUAAGGACACAGGACUGUUUGGUGUUUAUGCUAUUGCCAAGCCUGAUUGCUUGGAUGAUUUGGCAUAUGCAAUUAUGUAUGAGAUAAGCAAGCUAUCUUAUCGAGUUUCAGAAGCUGAUGUUACACGUGCUCGUAAUCAGUUGAAAUCUUCUCUUCUACUUCACAUGGAUGGGACCAGCCCAGUAGCAGAAGAUAUUGGUCGUCAGUUUCUUACAUACGGCAGGAGAAUCCCAUUUGCUGAGUUGUUUGCAAGGAUUGAUGCUGUGGACGCAAGCACUGUCAAACGUGUUGCGAACAGAUUUGUCUUCGACAGGGAUGUUGCCAUUGCUGCCAUGGGACCCAUCCAAGGUUUACCAGAUUACAAUUGGUUCAGGCGUAGGACUUACUGGCUGCGUUAUUAGGUAAUUUAUUGGUUUUUGGCGAUUAAUUGCUCCUUUUUCCUGCCAUCGUCAAAAUGUCUGAUAGACUCAAGGCUCCAUCGCUACCUCCUGGGCCUGGUUUUUGUUCUUUUUCCCUUGUUGGGUUCUAUGUUUGUUGAGAUAUUGCCUUUUGUAAGAUCUCUCAAUUCGAUGGAAGAGAAGAAAAUAAUUGUGAAGUCUCGCAAUAACAAUAUUGCAUUGCCCAGACGCACAAA